ACCACGCCUGGGUCACCCAGAGAAGCACAGCUCUUGCAAACAGGGUUGACAGAAAGCUUGGUGUUGCUUGAGGCAAACAAAACAUUUUGUUAUUUUUUUAAUCACUUCUUGCUUACCUCAUUUCCUUGGGAUACUAUGUGGAAGGCUGCGGUGCUUGCUGUGUGCCUGCUGGUGGCCGGGGUCCAGCCCAUGGAGGACCCAGCGUAUGGGGUGAAGCUCUGUGGCCGUGAGUUCAUCCGGGCAGUCAUCUUUACUUGUGGGGGCUCGCGAUGGAAACGAUCACUCAGGAGUGCAGAUGUUCCAGAAGACCCAUUUAGCUCCCAUCAGGAAGAGUCCUCGGAAGGCUUUGGUCAAAACUCACUGGAAAGUCUUCUGCAAAGGAACAGGGACCUAAGAUUUGCACAGAGAGACAACCAGGAAGGAGCGUUUAGCAGACCGACACGCUCCUUCAUCACCGAAGAGAUCCUGGAAGCCCUGAGAAAGGCUGACCGCAAGGGCCGGGAUGUGGUGGUGGGUCUGUCCAACGCCUGCUGCAAGUGGGGCUGCAGCAAGAGUGAGAUCAGCUCCCUUUGCUGAGAGUCUGAGUGAAAACAUGGCACAGCGUAUUAAUAUACAAACAGACAUUUUUCAGUUCUCCUGAAUCAAAUGAUAUUUUAUAUGAUUUCAUAACCACUGUCUUUUUUUGUUAAAAAUGAAAAUGCGUUGUUAUUUGUAGUGUCUAUGAAGUAUAUGGAAAGGGCUGCCAUGUGCUCAAAAUGUUUACAUAUUUCUGCUAUUAAAAUGCAUUCCAAACUUUGUAAUGAACAUCCUCAAGUAUUCUGUCUCAUCUGUCCCAGCCUCUAUUAUACACACAUUUAUUUUAUUUUUUAUUUAGAGUUUUGCAUUACUGUCUGAGAACUCAAAGUAAUGAAAGGCUUUGUUAGCCACAUACAAUGUCUACAAAUGUAUUGUUUUAUAAUUGUAAGUAACUUGACUUUUUUUUUAUUGGUUUCAAACUAAGUGAUAGACUCAUAAUAAAAAAUAUUAAUGA